AUGACGCCUGCAAUCGUUCUGCUGACUUUUUUAGUAAUCCUAACCCUGGGAUCUUAUGGAUAUUCGCAGCUAUUGGAUUCAAAAUGCAUUGCAUUGUUUCGAAUAAGAGUAAUUGGUGGUCAGAAUGCUCGAAGGACUCCAUGGAUGGCUUACUUGAUACGAGAUAACAGAUUCGCAUGUGGCGGCUCACUGAUUGCCUACCGCUUUGUUCUAACCGCUGCCCAUUGUACGAAAAUCAACGACAACUUAUUUGUUAGAUUGGGUGAAUACGAUUCGUCGAGGACAACGGAUGGACAGACUAGAAGCUACAGAGUUGUUUCAAUAUAUCGUCAUAAAAACUAUAUAGAUUUUCGAAACCAUGAUAUUGCUGUGCUCAAACUGGAUCGCCAAGUCGUCUACGAUGCUUAUAUACGACCAAUUUGCAUUCUUUUAAAUUCCGGCUUGCAGUCCCUUGCAAACAGCAUACAGAAUUUUACUUUAACUGGCUGGGGUCAGAUGGCCCACUAUUACAAGAUGCCAACUACACUGCAGGAAAUGUCCCUGCGCCGUGUUAGAAAUGAGUAUUGCGGUGUUCCGAGUCUUUCCAUAUGUUGCUGGAAUCCCGUGCAGUACGCCUGCUUUGGAGAUUCAGGCGGUCCAUUGGGGUCACUUGUGAAAUACGGACAUAAAACCAUAUAUGUUCAGUUUGGAGUAACCAACUCCGUGACGGGCAAUUGUGAUGGCUACAGCUCAUAUUUGGAUCUCAUGAGCUAUAUGCCCUGGCUUUACCAAACCUUGUUAAGAAACUGGGUCUAAAUAGAUCUUAACUG